AUGAGUGGAAGAGUGAGUGGGAAGGUGAAAUGGUUCAACGAUCAGAAGGGGUUUGGGUUCAUAACCCCCGACGACGGGAGCGAGGAUCUCUUCGUUCACCAAUCACAGAUCAAAUCUGACGGUUUCCGAAGUCUGGCGGAGGGAGAGUCUGUUGAGUUCGCCAUUGAAUCUGACGCUGACGGACGGGCCAAGGCCGUUGACGUCACCGGUCCUGACGGCGCCAGUGUCCAGGGCACCCGUCGAGGCGGUGAUGGUGGUGGCCGAAGCUAUGGCGGUGGACGAGGUGGUGGAAGUGGUGGCUACGGUGGCGGCUAUGGUGGAGGUGGUGGCUAUGGUGGUGGUGGUGGUGGACGAGGCGGUGGCGGCGGUGGUUGCUACAACUGUG